AUGGGGAGCGUCGUGUCCUUCAUAAACCACACCAGCGACAUCAACUUGGUCAACCACCACAUGGAAAACGGCGGGUGCCUCGACGAGUUCAUGACGGCCAUAAGCGAGUGCCACCCUGACGUGAUCAUGCUGCGGGCCGACCCAGCCAAGCGCGACGUCGACGCAGAGGAGUGCGGCAGGGCGACGGCGGCUCUGCGCAAGUGCUUCGGCCGCAACCCGCAGUGGUUCGAGCACCAGUACAUCGACCGCUUGGACCACCGCCUCGACCAGGACGUCAAGCCGUCGCCCAAGCAGGUGAAGGAGGAGGAUGAUUACAGGUGGAGGUGGUGGACUGGCAUGAGGAGAAGCUAG